ACAAAAGCAAGAUAACAAAAAAUCAAAAACAAUUUAAACGUCUCCCCGCUUUUUAUCAAUUUUUAAAUUUUUUUACCGGUUAAAUAAAGCGCUAUGUUAAAGCGUAAACUGAAUCAACAAAAAGACAAUCUGGAGGAUGCGGAACCCAAGAAAUCAGUUCCGAACGAGGAAAGUACAUCGUAUUUCUUCGUCCAUCCACUUUGGUUGAAAUUUUAUAAAACAGAAGUUAAGUUAAACGGCGAGUUGGAUAAAUUGACACCUCCUCCAAACAUUAUGUGCGUCUAUAACCCGAUAGUUUAUGCGUCACAACUGCACUGUGAUUAUAUGCGACUGUAUCUGGAUGGUCCCAAAAAGCUGGUGUUCAUUGGGAUGAACCCGGGACCCAAUGGGAUGGCACAAACAGGAAUACCCUUUGGUAAUGUGCGAACUGUAAAAGUAUUAAUGAAACUGGCAGGAUCGGUGGAUCAACCUCCAGUAAUACAUCCCAAACGUCCUAUCGCAGGCUUGGAAUGCAGGAUUGAGGAACCCAGUGGUGUUCGUCUAUGGGAGUUAUUUUUGCGAUUAGCAGGAAACAUGGAAACCUUCUCCCGGCAGUGCUAUGUCCACAAUUUCUGUCCUCUGGUUUUUUAUGAUGAGGCGGGCAAGAACCUUACACCCAGUGAACUGAAAGGACCUUACAAAAGUCAAGUCCGGGAUUUGUGUUUGGGUGCUCUUGAGGAGCAACUGAUUCUACUUAAACCAGAAGUUAUUGUGCCUGUUGGGGAAUAUGUUCAUGCCGCAUUGAAACGUUCGCUCUACUGCAAAUCGAAUUCCGUUUCUGUGCUUCGGCUGCCGCAUCCAAGUCCUCGAUCUGUUAACAAUACCGAUUGGCCGAAAAGGCUAAGAGAUUCUUAGAAGAUAACAAUUUAAUUCGUUUUAUGCAGAAUGAGGCUUAAAUUUCCAAAUGCAUUCACUGGGUAUUUAUGAAUGUUACAAACAGUAUUUGUAUAAUUUAAAAAUUUAAAGUACUCAAGUCAUUUUUUAGUUUAAGAAAGCAAAGUACAAAUUUUCUAAUUCGUCAAUAAGGAGAGAAAUUUUUCAUUUAAGUUCUUUUAAAAAUGUAAAAUGUAUU